CCACCUUCCCUAUGACGGUAAAAAAAGAAGACUCCAGAUGAAUUUGCAAAGUCGAAAAUGGUGGUGAUUGAGCCGGUACCUUCCACCGACAUCCAAUCAAAACCUACAAAAUCAACCGUCACCGGAGCAGAUUCCGGCAAUGGUAAUAAACCAAACGCCGACGUAUCAUCUUCCGGCGACGGCGAUAAAUCAACAGCCGCCGGAUACGCAUCCGACGGAUACGAAACGGCAAGCGAAACGGAAGUUGUAGAUGAUGAAACUGUUUCCGAUAAACCACACGCCGUUGAAUCUGAAAGUAUUUCGGACGAAGUUGCUCCGGUGAUUAAGGAUCAGACGUAUGAAGAUGCGUUGAAUGAUGAGGAACUUAAGCAGAAAAUUUUGACGCAAAUGAAUGAAGCAAAAGUUGAAGGAAAUAAGUUAUUUGGAGAUGGACUCUAUGAAGAGGCGUUAUUGAAGUAUGAUUAUGCUAUCCAACUUGCACCUGAGAUGCCAUCUUCUUCAGAAAUUAGGUCCAUAUGUCAUAAUAAUCGCGCUACUUGUUUCUUCAAGCUGGGCAAGUAUGAGGACACAGUGAAAGAAUGUACGAAAGCAUUGGAACUAAAUCCUUCAUACAUGAAAGCUUUAAUCAGAAGAGGAGAAGCCCAUGAAAAACUCGAAAACUAUGAUGAGGCUAUUACUGAUAUGAAGAAAAUCUUAGAACUGGAUCCUUCAAAUCACCAAUCUAAGAGAGCCAUUUUCCGUUUAGAACCGUUGGCCAUAGAAAAGCGCGAAAAAAUGAAGGAAGAGAUGAUCGGGAAGCUGAAAGAUAUGGGGAACUCAAUUCUGGGACGAUUUGGGAUGAGUGUCGACAACUUUAAAGCAGUCAAAGAUCCAAAUACUGGCUCGUAUUCUCUCUCAUUUCAGCGUUAAAGAUAAAUGGAGCUCACGUGUUUAUAAUAUAUAAGAUAAUAUAUGCCACUAAAACGUGGAUACAACUGCUUCCGUACUCUGGAUUUAAUCAUCUUGUUGGUUGGAUUUUGCACUUAGUAGCAGCAGGGCUUGCUCAAGUAUUUGGCAGCGUUCAAGCAUGCAAAUUUUGUGUUCAGAAAUAUUGACAACUCUACGUUAAUCAAAACUUUCCUAAGGCAUGUAUUUUGGUUUAAAUACUGGUUUGACUAAUUUUGGCCAGGAUUUAUGAAAGUUGUGUUUACAAAAUUAGCUAAUGUUGAUUUCGACAUGAAUCGACAAAAAAUGUGUAUUUGUGGCGCCAAAUUAGUCAACGAUGGUUUUCGGUAAUCAAAAAAAAUUCCAUUAGUA